AUGCCAAUAGCCAAAGCGUCUGAAUUCCGACACGUCCACACCUUGGGUGAUAUCCACGACCCACCAACUUGAAGCGACAGCUUACUUGACCACUGGCAUAGUCGUAAACUGCAAGUCUACACAUUAUUCUUGCUACAGCUGAAGCGUCAAGGCGAUGCCUGCGCUCAACAAGAACAAUUCCGCUGUAAAGCGGAUAAUGCAAGAGGCGAGGGAACUUGCAAAUGAUCCCUGCACCGAUUACCAUGCAGUUCCUCUUGAGAAUGAUAUUUUUGAAUGGCAUUGCACGCUUCGUGGCCCCGCUGGUACAGAAUUCGAAGGUGGUCUGUACCAUUUCCGAAUAGUACUUCCAGCAGAAUACCCCUUCCGACCACCUUCUCUAAUGAUGCUCACACCAAACGGGCGGUUCGAAUUGAAUACCAAGAUAUGCAUCAGCUUUACAAAUUACCACGAAGAGGAAUGGCAGCCUGCAUGGGGUGUUCGCACAGCUAUCAUCGGACUCCAAGGAUUCUUCCCUCUGAAGGGUCAGGCGGCUGCCGGUGUUGGUUCCGUCGAAUAUCCCGUCUCGGAACGCAAGCGUCUGGCCCAACUGUCACGGGAGUGGGUCUGUCCACAAUGUAGCCAGUCAAAUCUUACUCAUCUCCCGGACCCCGAGGAGGGACCAUCGAAGCAUGAAAACGUGUCAUUGCCGCCGCCUACCAUCACCCCAGACGUCAGAGUUGUUCAACAGAGCGUGAUACCCACUCCUAUUCCUCGGUCCGACAGGAUCGAAGAAGUGACACAACAUCGCAUACGUGGAACUGCGCAAUUUAUGCGUCGUAAUCCGCACCGGCCUCCCCUAAUACUUGAUACCGCUAUCUGCGUGCUCCUGGUGUUAGUUUUAGCGUUACUCUGCCGUCGGGUUUUGUGAUGAGGCAUGACACAACUAGCAUUUGAUAUUUGAUAUUCGGGACUCUGUAAGUAUAUAGUUUAACCGCUCCUAUACGCUCUAGAUGGUUUCUUGACACACCUCGGAUAAAUAACUGGGGUUGAAUCGACCAGCAGUCGGUGAAUCAUAAAUUGGUCAUUGACCCUGCUGCGGGGAUUCCCUGGGGAAGUGAGCGUUAGUUUUCUAUAUUGUGCGGCUUGGAGGCGUUGCGCCCGGAAGUUGCCUGGUCGGAGGGUCAUUAACUUUAUCUAGUACCAGAUCUUGCUUUAUUUAGUUAUUAAUACUAUAUUUGGUUUACCUCCGACGUCACUUACGUGAUAAGUAUGAUAUAUUUAUGAAAUGAACUGGAC